GAACAAGAGGGUGACGGAGGGAGAGAAGGAGGGAGGAGAGAGCACAACAAGCCGGCGAUGGACGGCAGAUAGACACAGAGAGAGACAGAUGAGAGCCAGUGUGUGGAUGCAAGUUGAGAGUGAAGAGGAGGACAGAAGAGGAAUAGGAGGAGAAACAUGAGUCGACAGCAGCAGCAGAGCCAGGGAGUGGUUUUAACGGGUUACCACAGCAACGCGGAACUGUUGCCCCAAACUGCACCGUGCGCCCCCAGCUGUCAAUCAGCCCGGGACCCCGAGACCUCCACCGAACCCAGCCGCAGAUCAGGCCACUACACAGUUCAACAGAACCAAAACACACUAAAUGGAGACGGAGUCGAGCCGGGCGCUGCCGCCAAUGUUACCAAAACCAGCGGCACCGACCCGUCGCCAUCGCUCCCCAAUCCGAAUAUUGUGGCCUGCUCCAGGUCUCUGCCCUCCUCCAGCCCAAUUUCUCACUCCAGCCCAAAGUCUCGCUCCAGCCCCAGACAGAGUCCCAACGUCCGGGCCAGAACUCGACCCACGUGUCAGCGCUGUAACUCUCAGGACUCUCUGGAUGAGCUGGAGAUGGACGACUACUGGAAGGAGGUGGAGAAUAUCACUGAAGGAGCAGGGAGAGGAGACAGUGGAGGAGAAGGAGAAGUUCAAGAGGACGAGCAGAAUAAAACUCCUGAGGAAGGAGAGCAGGAGGAGGCGUGGCUUGCCGAGGCGGGGCUAGCACAACUCUGUGAUGACACAUUGGCACCUGACCAGGAUCAGGAGGAAGACAACGCAGUGUUCCUGUCCACGCUAACCAGAACGCAGGCGGCGGCCGUAGAGCGCCGUGUGGCUACGCUACAGCAGACGUUGCUACGGCGACGCAACCGACAACACGUUCCUGAUGUUAGGGAUAUAUUCAGACCUCCUGAAAAGGAUGAGCUGCCAAGUCCACUCAAAGAGGGAAGUGAGAACGGUCAAACAGACCUCACUUCAGCUGAAACGGAGACAGAACUGAACGUCGAAGUGGCGUUUUCAGAGCAAGCACUCUCAUACAGGGAUAUCCACCAAAGACUAAAGGUCGCCACCAGCCCUAGCUCGCCUGACGACAAACUACCAAACUUUAAGCUGCUUCCAGACAAAACAGGUCAAACCAGAAUAGGAGAUCUGUCUCCUCUGGAUAUUAAAAAGGUGCGCAGAGUGGUGCUUGUGGAGAUGACUGCUCUGUUUGACACUGCUGGGAUAGACCUGAAGGCACACAAAGCUGUCAAAGUUAAGACUAAAGAAAACGGCCUGUACGGUGUUCCACUCGUCACUUUAUUGGAGCAGGACCAGAGGCGGGUUCCUGGGACCAAAGUGCCAUUCAUACUGCAGAGGUUUAUUGCUCAUAUCGAGGACGAAGGAUUAGACACAGAGGGGCUUCUACGGAUCCCUGGAGCAGCCACUAGAGUCAAGUCACUGUGCCAGGAUCUUGAGUCCUCCUUCUACGAUGGGAUGUUUCCAUGGCAACAGUUGAAGCAGCACGACGCUGCGAGCCUUCUGAAGCUGUUCAUCAGGGAGUUGCCCCAUCCAUUACUGACUGUGGAGUACAUCAGCACUUUUAUUGCCGUCAACAAGCUCCCCACAAAGAAGCAGCAGCUGCAGGCUUUGAACCUGCUUGUCCUUUUGUUACCGGUGCCCAAUCGGGACACUCUGAAGGCAUUGAUGGAGUUCUUCCAGCGUGUGAUUGACCACCAGGUCAAGAACAAAAUGACGCUCAACAACGUCUCGGUUGUCAUGGCACCCAACAUCUUCAUGUUCAAAGGCAUCCGCUCCAAGGUUACAGAACAACAGGAGUUCUCCAUGGCAACGAGCACAGCCAACAUUGUCCGCCUGCUGAUAAGAUACCAGAAUCUUCUUUGGACAAUCCCCAAGUUCAUCAUGACCCAGGUCAGACAACAGAACAUGGAAAGUCAGCGGAAACAAAAUAAAGAGAGAGCUGUCAGAAAGCUGCUGAAGAAGAUCACCACUGAGAAACCGCCUGACAAAGCUGCCCCUGAGGAGACUUCACAGGGAUUUAUUCGGGUCCAAGCUCCCCAGUUCAGUAAAAUCUCUAUGGCUGUGGAGCUCACUGAAAAGCUGCUGGCUGCAGAUGUUCUCACCCGCUUCCUCAGCCAAGAUAGCUCAGUGGCAGUGAAACAAGAAGAGCUGUGUCUCUAUGAGAUCGGUGGGAACAUCAAGGAGAGAUGUCUCGAUGGGGAAACAUACAUGAAAGACCUCUACCAGCUGAACCCUGCAGCAGAGUGGGUCAUCAAAGCUGCACAGCGAUGAACUGGUUUCCUACGAUCAGACUGGGAUGAGUCUUGGAUGCCGGACAUCUUCCUGUUCUCACAACAGGGUCCUGCUGAGAAGGGACAUCACCUGGUUCUCUUUGGGUUUCGCUGCUCCGAGACACACAUGUGGACAUGGACACGGAUAGUUUUUAACAUAUGGGAGUGUAACACGGUUUAACAUGCAUGGUUGACCCUGAAAUCUCCCACAAAAUGCAAAUAUUCCAAAACCCAUGAAAAUCCAUUAGGUGAAAUGUGGGGUUAGACAUUUAAAUGCCAAUUCUUUGCAUGAACAGAAAUCCCAAACAAGAAGUAAAAUGACACUGUGUAUGCAAAAUCAAGCAUUUAAUUUCCUUCCACCCUGUCUUAUGCUGUUCACUGGAAUUGCGCACCUCAGGUACCAUGAACCUGAAGUUAAGAACAGCUGUCAAGUCUAUGCUCCUCCCAGACCACAGACACUGAUGAAAAAACGCUAUGCCCUCUAGUUGGUCUCAGCACUUAAGUCUUAAUAUUGUUUGAUACUGUAAAUAUUUCACUUGUAUACCGUGGUUCAUUACCUCUUAUCACUUUGUGGUGCCUGCUAUAAUAAGCGGAAUUAAUAUAGUUUGCGGCAAAUAAGUUAUCGAAAUUCUAUUAAAUCGGUUCCACCAAUUUAGAAAACAUUGGCUUUUAUUUAUCUGUAUCUUUUUUAUUAAAAGCCCUAAAAAGUAAACGAAUGGUCAUGAUGUUGAAUGUGAGUGUAUGGAAGCAUGUCACUGGAACCAGGAAGUAUUGAACAUUGGAUUGAAUGGGUAUAUGUCAGGGGUCCACAGGUGGACUGCUGUCAGGUCCCUUCUGAGCAGAGUUUUCAUGAGGAAUUUGUAAGUGUCAGGUAACCAGGACACGCAAUGACGACAUCACUGUUUUUAUGUCAGCUUAUUAUUGCUGUGAUUACGGUGGAUGUUCGAGUGAGUUUGAGUAUAAAUCCAUCCUCACAUGGCCGUGCGAAUGUGACGAGACACAUUUCAUCUUUUUUAUAUGAACUGUCUGCAAGCUUACAUGGAAUUAAUCAAUUGUCGUACACGUCUUGUCCAUUAUAAUAAAGAUGGACUCCCAUGAGAUCACUUUGAAUAAAUUUGCUUCUCACUGCAUACAUGGCCUUAUGAAAUGAUGCACUCUUAGCAUAAGGGGUCCAAACAUAUCUGGACAUUGGCCCAAAAUACCUUUCGGCAUUUUUAGUUUUGAUUUGAGAUUUAGCCUGCAGUAUAAAAGCCUUCAACACAAGCCUAAUCUGAUCCUGUGUGCUUCUCACAGUUUCUGCAGCAGAGGAUCAUAUCUGCACUACAGCGUCAAACUGAUAAACCAUGUGUAAUUUUUUUUUUUUUUUUAAUUUUAACUGCCCUGCCUUGCAUUAUCUUUUGAACUGUGAAUUUUAUUUUAUUUUUUUCAAAUAAUAUUGUCCUUGUCUUCUUACUGCCUUGGAAAUGACCACUAAAACAAAACUGUAAAUAAACAUGUACUUACUAAUCACGA